AUGUCUACAAUUGGCUCUCUGGUUUUCUGCACCGAUUGCGGUUCUCUGUUGGAGGGCUCUGUUGGAGAUCCAACGAGAAUCCUGGUUUGCGAUGUCUGCGGAACUCGAAACAAAGACACCGUCCCAAAAACGAUCAUUUCUGAGUCAAAACCAAGCUCAUUUCCCUCGGCAUUGCGCGCAAAGCGAUCCGCGAUUCAGACUUUGACUGCCGCCGAUAAGAGAACAGAAGCCCUGACUGAAAAGGAUUGCCCUCAAUGCGGAAGGAAGGAAAUGUACUUUACGACAGUGCAAUUGCGUAGUGCAGACGAAGGAAGUACGGUUUUCUUCACUUGCGUCUGCGGUUACAAGGAAACCACAAACAAUUAA